AUAUCAUAUUUUUCUAAUAUUAUACCAUUCAUGGCCAUAAUUUGCUUCAACAGUUGAACAGAUUCUCAGUAGCUCCCUAAUUAUGACGUUCUUCACAAUUCACGUGGAGUUUCCAUACCUUUGCAAGUGCAACUUUCUCUCCCUUGAUCUGUCACAGUAAAAAAAAUCAAUUCUGCACUCCCAACUAACUACUUUAUCACCCAUUUUCACUCUUACUUAUUGCCUAUUGGUGUUUCUUCAAAGAGUCCCUGCCAUCCUCUGGCUUCUGUUCCACGAAACUAAAGAGUUUCCAUCUAUCUUAAUUUCUGUUUCUUCUUCUUCUUCAAUUUUUCAUAUGGUAUUAGAAAGAACAUGAUUCAGCUGAUUGAGACUGGAAAUUUCUCUCGGGGUUUUGAAGGUUCUCAAAUGAAUUGGGUUGAUAGGAAUGGCCUGUUCCUCGUGUCAUAUAAAGGAGAAUUUGGCUUUGGCUUUGUAACCACAGAAAAUGACUACACAUUGUUUCUACUAGCUAUAUUCCACAUGAACAGCAACAAGGUGGUUUGGGUUGCAAAUAGAGCAAAUCCUGUGUCUAAUUCUGAUAAAUUUGUGUUUGAUGAGAAGGGUAAUGUCUUUUUACAGAAAGGAGGAAGGGUGGUAUGGUCAACAGAUACAAGUGGCAAGGGAGUUACUUUAGUGGAAUUGCAAGACACUGGAAAUUUGGUUUUGGUUGGGAGCGAUAGUAGAGUGAUAUGGCAAAGUUUCAGCCACCCAACAGACACCUUGUUGCCAAUGCAGGACUUCAUUGAGGGAAUGAAACUUAUCAGUGAACCUGAUUCUAACAACUUGUCCUAUGUUCUCGAGAUUGAACAUGGUAAUGUCAUUCUUUCCGCGGGUUUGCAAACUCCACAGCCUUAUUGGUCUAUACAGAAAGAUAGCCCCAAUAAAAAUGGUGAUGUGGUGGUAGCUUCAGCUACACUUAGUGCAAACUCUUGGAAAUUCUAUGAUAAGAAUAAAUCCUUGUUGUGGCAAUUUGCUUUUGCUGAAGAAUCAGCUGCAAAUGUCACUUGGAUUGCAAUUCUUGGAAGUGAUGGCUUCAUCACUUUCUCCAAUCUCCAAAGUAAAGGGUCAAUUGGUGCCUCACCAAAAAGAAUACCACAAGAUUCUUGUAGCACACCACAACCUUGUGAUCCCUAUAGCAUAUGCAGUGGUCAGAAAAAAUGUAGCUGCCCUUCUGUUCUUAACUCUCGUCCUAAUUGCAAACCGGGGUUGGUCUCACCUUGUGACUCAAAAAGCACCGUUGAGCUCCUCAAAGCUGAUGAUGGACUCAAUUACUUUGCACUUGAGUUUCUUCCACCCUCUUCAAGAACUGAUUUGGUUGGUUGCAAAACUUCUUGCAGUGAAAAAUGCUCAUGCCUUGCUUUGUUCUUCCACAAAAGUUCAGGGAAUUGUUUCCUGUUAGACAGAAUUGGAAGCUUUCAGAAAUCUGAUAAGGAUUCUGGUUUUGUCUCAUUCAUUAAGGUCUCUAGUGAAGGAGGCACUAUCACACACAGUAGAAGCAGCAAUGUGCAGACAAUAGUUGUUGUGAUCAUUGUCAUACUAACAUUGUUUGUCAUUUCGGGUAUGCUCUUUGUGGCACUUAGAUGCUUCAGGAAAAGGCAAAAUUUGCCUCCUGAGUCUCCUCAAGAGAAUUCAGAAGAUGAAACCAUUUUGGAGACUUUAACAAGCAUGCCAAUCCGUUACAGCUACAAUGAUCUAGAAACAGCAACAAGUAACUUCUCUUUGAAACUUGGACAAGGUGGUUUUGGCUCAGUAUACAAAGGAGUUCUGCCAGAUGGGACUCAACUAGCUGUGAAGAAGUUGGAAGGCAUAGACCAAGCGAAGAAAGAGUUCAGGGUUGAAGUUAGUACUAUUGGGAGAAUUCAUCACCACCAUUUGGUUAGGCUUAAAGGAUUCUGUGCCGAAGGGUCUCAUAGGCUUCUAGCUUAUGAGUACAUGGCCAAUGGCUCAUUGGAUAAAUGGAUAUUUAAUAAGCAUAUAGGUGCAUUUGUGUUGGAUUGGGACACAAGGUUUAACAUAGCACUUGGGACAGCAAAAGGACUAGCUUACCUACAUGAAGAUUGCGACUCAAAGAUUGUUCAUUGUGAUAUCAAGCCAGAAAAUGUGCUUCUAGAUGAUAACUUCCUAGCCAAGGUUUCAGAUUUUGGUUUGGCUAAGCUCAUGACACGUGAACAAAGCCAUGUUUUCACCACACUUAGGGGCACUAGGGGCUAUCUUGCACCAGAAUGGAUCACAAACUAUGCUAUAUCUGAGAAAAGUGAUGUUUAUAGCUAUGGAAUGGUGUUGCUAGAGAUCAUUGGGGGAAGGAAAAACUAUGAUCCUAGUGAAACUUCAGAGAAAUCCCAUUUCCCUACUUUUGCUUUUAAGAUGAUGGAAGAAGGGAAGGUGAAAGAGAUUCUUGAUUCAAAGAUAGAAACAUGUGAAAAUGAAGAGAGGGUUGACACUGCUGUUAAAAUUGCAUUGUGGUGCAUACAAGAAGACAUGUCUUUAAGGCCUUCUAUGACCAAAGUUGUACAAAUGCUAGAGGGUCUCUCUAGUGUUCCUAAGCCACCAACUUGUAGUGUUUUUGGUUCUCGGUUUUAUUCAACUUUACCCAUGAGUGAGGCUGGCACUUCUUCAGGACCAUCAGAUUGUAAUAGUGAAGCCUAUCUCUCUGCUGUUCAGCUUUCAGGACCAAGAUAACAAUAGCUGUACCUUUUUUUUUUUAACACCUUUUCUUUUUGGCGGUUGGUGAGCAAAUUGGUAUCAAAUGAAGAAUCCUUUCUUGAUUAGUUUAGUUACUCUUGUAUAUACAUCAUGCCCUAGUAAAUUUUGUUCUAAGUUACUCAAGAUUUGUAAUAUACAAAUUCUCCAUGUGUUUGUGGACUAGGAUGAAUGUGUGAAGAUGAAAAGCUUUUCUUGCAGUCUUGGAAAAUGUUCUUUAUACGACUGAAGUGGGACAACUGCAUUUUGAAAUACUAUAUAUAAUAAAAGAUUAAAAAAAAGUGAAAAAU